GUUUAGAAAGGGUUCGCCUUUAAUAGAUAAAAAAUAAAAUAAAAUAAGGAGAAUAAAAGAAACAAAUUUGCCGUAGCGGGAAUUGCCGAACAAAAUAAAUAGAACAAGAUUUUCCAUAGGGUUUUAUGGAACGAACAGAUCAAUAUAAAACUUGUUACGUUACCCUCCGCACUUCCACCACCCCCUCAUUCGCGCCGCCGAAGAACAACCCACUUCCUCUUCCACACUCUUCUCUCUCUUUCUCUUUCGAUUUCAAUUGACCAUCCUCACUGUACAAUUGAUUAACUAAGAAGUAUCUAGUGUUAUUCACUAGCAAAAUAAUUUUGAGUUUCAGUAAGACAACAGCAUGGCUCCUUCACAAUCAUUGAAAAAUGUUGAUCCCACAGCUAAAGCGCCUUCUGAUACAAAAGAUAUACCUGGUAAAGAUGAUAAAAUCAUCUCAGUUAACUCACAUGAGAAUGCUUUGAGAUGCACCAGUAACUUUGAAGACACCAUCUUUGAAAUGGAAGCUAUGUUGAAUGAGCAUACUAUGGCUCCAGAAAACACUAAAGAUGCAGAGGUUGAUGUACUAGAAAGUGCAACUGCUAGUGACAUUGAGUUGGCCAAAGAUGAGGAUCCAGAUGCAACUGACUACUCAAGCUCAUUUGGUGGCACUUUAUCUGGAGCGGAGAAUUGUUCUGGAUUGAGUGAAGCUGAAGUGGAGUCCCAGUUCUGUGGCGAUAAUGAUUUUGCAUCUUCAUUUGAUGCAUUUAGUAGUGUGUUUCAAAUGAGGAAGAAGAAGCUGACAAGCCAUUGGAGGAAUUUUAUCCAUCCUCUGAUGUGGCGAUGCAAAUGGACAGAACUGAGAAUUAAAGAAUUAGAAUCCCAGACAUUAAAAUAUGCCACGGAGCUUGCAGCAUAUGAUCGGAGAAAACAGUCAGAACCAGACCAAUAUGUGUUAGAAAGUUGUGGGUCAAGGUCAUUGCCAUUUUCUUGUCACCAUCGCAGGAAGAAGGCCAUGAAGAGGAGGAAAAGAAAAAGAGUUGAAGAAACAAAUGAUAUAACAUCAUAUAUGCUGAAACAUGAUCUUUUCUCAUAUUUUGAAAAUAAAAAGUCUGAUCCAGAUGGCAAUUCUAUGGCUGAUGAUCUUGGAAAUCCUGUGGUUACAGAUCAGAAUGCUAAUAACAAUGACAAGUUUGGCUUCACUGAUGAUCAUUCACUUUUUGAGUUCAGAGACAGCAAUAAUUCCUUGGAGCAGAUACUUUGGAAGAUUGAAAUGGUGCAUGCUCGUGUCCACAAGCUAAGGUCCCAGCUUGAAAUGGUGAUGGUGAAAAAUGCAGGAAAGUUUUCCUCUUCAGAAAAUUUGAGUCUUCUUCUACCUUGUGAUCUGCAGACCAGCUCUCCUCCUAGCCCUACUUUUUCCACUGGCAAUGGAGAUGCAAUAUCAGUUGGAGCUAUAUGCACUCAGCAUAUAUCAGAGUGUGAUUUUGGAGAUACAUUUUUGCCUGAAAGUGCAAUCUCAAGUUAUGGAGAGGCUAUUCAUGUGCCUGAUAUAAUUGAAAGCACGGUCGGACUAUUGUCUGCUGCUGAUGUCACUUUGGGGCAGCCACAAAUUGGAGAUUCAUGUGAAGAUAUGGUGGAUGAUGUACUGAUCCAUAAUGAGGCCCCUGACGGAGAGCAGCACAUGGUCCUCAAAGGAGAGCAGCACACAGCCCCUGAAGGAGAGCAGCAAACAGUUGAAAAUACUAGUAAUCAACUCAUAGAUAAGCAUCAGGAGCAAGGGACAAGCGAGCAAGAAGAAAGCACCGCUCCAGUUUCAGCCUCAAAACCUGUGGCGUUGGCCAUGGCAGUCAUGCCUGAGCAACAAUCAACUCUAAAAUUGUGUUUAGCCUCUGAACUGCAUUUCCCUAAGAACAAGAGAAAGCGAGGGGAACGUCGAGCAGGUUCAGGUGGUUGGAACCAAAAGCGUGCUGCUGAGCUGGAUAGCCAGACUUAGUUUUUAGAGAAUGAAUCCUCCUCGAGUACUCUACAUAGAGUUCGCCAUUUCUGUAGUAGAAUGUCCUUGUUUUUCAGCCAUUCGGAUAAUUCCACAUCACCUAUUUAAGAGAGAGAGAGAGAGAGAGAAGGGUUGGGGGGGUGGACUCUAAAGGAUCUUGAUCUUGUGACUGUAAGGUAAUGGUAAAAUUGAGGGGUGGAGAUUUAUGUGCCCUAAUCUUAUUUAUGCACUGAUAUGUAGACAAAGCUGUGCUCAUAAUUGGGAUUC